AGGGAGGGGAGAAGCCUAGCCGUAGCACAGCAGCCUUUUUCAAAUACAAAUACGUUUCACCAGCCUUUCGGAAUACAGAUUCGGCUUCGAGGGAGCCGAAACGGCGAAGUUUGACGUGUUGUGAGUCGUUUUUGGGCGUGUGUUCGUUCCGGAGGCGCGUGUGAGGAGGAAAGCUAGCCGAGGGAAGACUAGCUAAAGAAAAGCGGCCUGUUUUGUUCCUGGUCUCGCGGAGCCGCGGCUCGGUCUCGCGCCCGCUUUCAUCUCAUGCAUUCUGCGCUGCAGGACGCGAGCAUGCUGGAAAUAGCACUGACCAGUGCACGGAACCCGUUUUAAUCGGUUUGUUUGGACUUAAGGGGGGGGGGACGGCGGCGGCCUGUUUUGUUUGUGCAACAGCACCGCCAUGAAGCGCGGGGGGGGACAAUAACACAAAUCGGGCUGAACUUGUUUGAUCUGUUUUGGCUCUGCUUUUAUAAAUAAGGAGGACUAACCGCUGUCGGAGGACCGUGCUGGGACAAUGAAAGCAAAGCGGUGUGUGUUAGGAUAUUCAAGCGAUCUGGAAAAGCGAGGAUCCGGCUGGGUUUGAAUUUGGGAGCUCCGACCUGCUCGGCUCUGGUUAUUGGAGGCCGGGAGCGCGGAAGAGCGCCGCCACUCUGCUGGGUUUAGUUUUUUUCUUGUAUUCAUUUAAUCUCCCCUACAACAAAAGGCUGAUUUUUUCCCUCUGCUCCGGGAUGAUCCUUAUGCAACCAUGAUCAGCAUGAUUCUACCAUGGAGGAGGGAAGCAUAACGCGUGCAUAAUGGAGCGGCUGCACUGAAUGCACUGGAUACGAUGUGGAGAGACGCGUCUCCAUCACGCCGCAUGUGUGAUUAGGAUCUCGAUACACUUGCUAGUCGAACACGUUUGCACGCUUUUCUUCAACCAUUCCUUGAACGACGGGAUUGCAUAUAUAUCCCCCACCACCUCCACCAACCCUGAUCUGGAUCUACAUCUGCAUCUCUAGCUCCAGGUUGCUGAGAUGAACCCGGUGAACGCUACAGCUCUGUACGUGUCGGCGUGUCGCUCAGUGCUGCGCUGCGAUCCCCGGGACCCGCAGGCUUUAGCCGAGCUCUACAAGCUCCUGCCUUUCUUCAGACAGUCCCUCGCAUGCCUGGUGUGCGGGAAUAUCCUUAAAAAUCCGAUCGCCCCGACCAACUCGGCGUGCCAGCACUACGUCUGCAAAGCAUGCAAAGGCAAAAAGAUGAUGAUGAAGCCGUCGUGCAGCUGGUGCAAGGACUACGAGCAGUUCGAGGAGAACAAGCAGCUCUGUAUUCUCGUCGACUGCUACCGGAAGCUCUGCGAGUACAUCGCCGGCUCCCCCCUCGCCACCCAUAUUCCCGGCGCCGCGGAGGGUUCCUCGGACUUCCUGGCUCUGCUCAAAGAGGGCCUGUCGUUGGACGUCAAGCAAGACGAGGACUCUGUGUUACCGAACCUGACGCAGCACUCCCCCGCCCCGUCGACCUCGGAGACGCCUUCGAAGGAGGACCAGUCGCCGGGCCCGUUAGAGGUCAAGGAGCAGCCGCUUAGUCCUUUGGGGGUGAACGGGCUUCAGGACUGCAACGGUUUGAGCAGCGUGGACGAGCUCGCGGCGAGCUUGCCCUCGCCACACGCAAACGUCCCGGUCACAGUGGAGGUCGAGACCGGCGUGGUGAAACAAGAGAACUUCACGAAUGAUAUUCCGGUAAGCGAGGCGGUGGCGGCGGCUGGCGAGGAGCUCUGUACCAGCAGCAUGGACAUAUGCGGGUUUGCCGAGGAUAUAAAACACGACGGCGGGACUCUCUUGUUGAGCGUAGAGGAGGUGCUCAGGACUCUAGAACCCGAUCCCGUUUCACACGAGUGUCCUUCCAUUCUCCAACCGAGCCUCGGCGCAGAAGGAAACCUAAACGGACCCUUUGGCUGUUCCGACUCCUCUCGGCAGCUUUCCUCGCUUCCCCUGGACUCUUCGGGGGUCCUGGCACCUCAGCGUCCGCCCUCCCAGCUCAUCCCGCACCCCUCUUCCGGAAUAUCCUCUUCCGCCGUGACCCUGCGAGCACCGCGCUCCAACCGCAAACGUUCGCGCUCCGAAAGCGACAGCGAAAAGAUCCAGCCACUGCCCAUCUCUACGUUCAUCAGAGGUCCCGCCCUGGGUGCCUCGGUACCCGUUCCUGUCAAGUGUGAAACUAAGGCUCCUGUACACGCAGCGCCACAUACGGCGGCCGUCCCGAACGGUGGGGGGCUGCCGAAAGUCGGCAAAGCUCUCUUGGUGCCUAGUAAAACCGUCAGAAAGACUCUGGACCAGCACGGACCUAAAAAGGCGUACACGAAAUCCAAGCAGAGCGCGCCCAAAACGAAAGACAAGACGAAAGACCGGAUCGCGGGGAACCCUCUCGUGCCGGGCAGCCCGACGAAAGUCGUGUACAAGAAACCGCAGGAGAAGAAGGGCUGCAAGUGUGGCAGGGCCACGCAAAACCCAAGUGUUCUUACGUGCCGGGGUCAGCGCUGCCCGUGCUACUCGAACCGCAAGGCCUGUCUGGACUGUAUAUGCCGCGGCUGCCAAAACUCCUACAUGGCCAACGGUGAGAAGAAACUGGAGGCGUUCGCGGUGCCGGAGAAAGCCCUGGAGCAGACCCGGCUCACGCUGGGUAUCAACGUCACCAGCAUAGCGAUGAGGAACGCGGCCGGGAGCGGCGCCCCCGGGGUGCUGAACGUGCCCUCCGCGACGGGCUCGCCCGUGGCGUCGUUUCUGACCGCCGCGCCUCACGAGGACAAGGGGUUCGACGAGACUUUACAAAUGAGGUUUGACUGUUGAGCCCUGCACGACGCUCUAACCAUCGUACGCCCCCCCCCCCCCUAAUUCCAGCCUGGCUCGGUCCUGGUAUUAGGACUAGUCCCGGACGUGAGCCGGGGGAGUCGACCAUAAGGCAGCUACUGUGAUUCUGUUCCACUUCGUGUUAUUAAAUGAUUAGCUGUUGCUAAAGCUCGUGCCUGUAAAUCACUUGUAAUGUAACAUUAGUAUUUUUUUAUUUUAUUUUUAUUUUUUUUUAAUUAUAAGUUCUUACACACUUGUGACUUUGAGUCAUGUUACUGUAAGCUGAUAUUUUUUUUGCUAGUUUAUUUUUUUCCACUACAAGUGAUCUAUCAGGCAUGAUCUUUGGCAAAAUAAACGCCUGACCUCAUUGUCGUGGGUCAUGUUAACGUGGACACGUGGACGAUUUUCAAUUCGUAGGCUAGUAGACGGGACCCGUUCGAUGAAGUGGUACCUGCUACGUCGGUAGAGACUGGUCGUAUUUAUAAGCUUUUUUGUACACAGACGUAAAGAAAGCCAGAUUUGAAAGUACAUUUUAUUACAUUUUUUAAGUUACAUUUACAGUAACAGUUGCAGUAUUUAUUGGGCAUCGCUUAAUGUAGAUUGCAGGCCAUCUAGGGCGUCAUCAGGAUACCAUUUCUACCGAUGCAAUUCAAUGAAAUGCAGUACGUUCGGUUUUCUGUCUAAAUUAUGUUGCGGUCCCGUUUGUGCUACUUUAUGCUGUCUGAACAGUUUCCCCCCCCUCCCUCCUUCGGGCAUUUAAAUACCUGUAAUAUAAAUGUAACAUAUUUCCACAAAAUGAAA